AUGAAUGAGAUGUUAAGAAGAGCUGCUGAAAUGGGAGAUAUUGAGAUGUUAUACAGAUCAAUCCAUAACGAUCCUUGUAUACUUGAAAGAAUUGAUCAGCAACAGUUUGUUGAAACUCCUCUUCAUGUUGCUGUUUCUCAUGACCAAAUCCUUUUCGCCAUGGAAAUAAUGAUGUUGAAACCAUCAUUUGCCAAGAAGCUAAACUUAGAUGGCUUCACCCCUUUGCAUCUAGCUCUCCAAAAUAGGCCACAAACUACCGAAAUGGUUAAUCGGCUUGUUCGGGUCGAUAGCAAUCUCGUUCGAGUUCGAGGUAGAGAGGGUAAAACUCCUCUGCAUUGUGUGGCUGAAGAAGGGAACCUUGAAUUUUUGAAGAUGUUCUUAUCACUUUGUCCACUGUCUAUUCAAGAUGUAACGGUUAACAAUGAAACCGCUUUGUUUGUUGCUGUGAGCCAUGGCAGACCUGAAGCUUUUGAAAUUCUGGUAAAAGGACUUUGCAGUGCACGUCGAAGAGGCUAUAAAAUCCCAUCUAAAAUUUUGAUGAAAUGCAAUGAUGAUGAAACAAACAACGUGCUUCACAUUGCUGCCCUCACUAACCAACCACAGGAUUAG